AUGGUACGUGAUACGAGAAGUAUCGUAAACUGUUUUGCCGCUGAGACAAGCUUUCUCUCAAAAUCAGCAGAUAUUGCUCCAGAUAUGAACUCUGUCGUGCAAGUUCAUGAAAAUGAGUUACAUAGAAUGUCACAGUCAAGCAUACACUUUGAUCUUUUGCCUAGUGAAUCUAAUAAGGGGAUAUUACAUUCUCAAGAUGUGGUGACGUCGUCUGGCUUAUCUUUGGUUGAUCCACUUUGUUCGGUUGUUCCAUGCAGUUUUCCUUCAGAAAAUGAAGUUCCCACAUCAGCACAAACUCAGAGGGAUAAAGAAAGUCGUACUGAAAAAUGCUCUAGUCCCACCACAGAACUUGGGAUGUGGAAUUCACACAAACCCUCAAAUCUAGGUAUCAAAUUUCACCAUGAGGAUUGCCAAGCUACUGCUGCAAUUAAUGGUGAAGAUUCUCCUGUCACAGUUCGAAGGCAGUUUAUUUCACUGAAGACCUAUAGUACACUUCUCCCAAACCCUAUUUCUAAUGGGGGAAGCCUUUAUCAGUCAAUUAAACUAGAUUGUGCUCAGAGGCUGAUCACCCUGGAUCAGAAUGUGGGUUGCAAUAUAUCUUCUUAUAGACAUGGUAAAGCGUCCCUUCCUUUCAAGCAUUUAUCCGAGCAUUUAUCUUCAAGAGAUAAUACGGAAGAUGGUAAGUUGAUCUCAAAUGGAAGUCCAGAUAAGAUAAAAUAUAAUGAGACUACAGGAGAUGGGAAUGAGUUACCUGUUCAGGCAUCAAUAAAUAAGAGGCAAUUUGUUUCUUCCAAACAUAGGGAACACCGCUAUCUUCGGGCUUCUAAAUUAUUUCUCAACAAUUCCACUAGGGAAAAACAUCCCAAACCAGCUUUGGUGGUAAACAAUGUUGUCGAAUUUCAACAAAACAAAAAACUCCAGAGUAUACUAUCUGAACGCAAGAGUCUCCAUGGCAGAGAUGUUCCAGCGAAGAAAAGAGUUCACUUCUCUGAAGCAGAGAUUCCAGUUCAGCUGAUGAAGAACCGUAAAAUACUAGAUAUUUCAACCAAAAAUUGGUUAACGUCUGAUAGAGCAAGUAAAAAGCCCAAGUGUUCUAACUAUUCUAAGUUUCAAAAUCACGAGAAAUGCUGGCGUACCAAUCCUCAUGUUAAGGCUGAGAAAAGAUUGCUAUUUCAUGGUAUACAAUUCCUGCUUACAGGAUUUUCUAGGCAGAAAGAAAAGGAUCUUGAAGGACAAAUAUGGAAACAUGGUGGUAUUGUUCUGUUUGACAUUCCUUCUCCAAUUUCAAGGGCAAACAGAAGCUUAAGAUCUAAUGGCUACCAGCUUCCUAUUAUUCUAUGUUCGAAAAAGCUACAAACAACAAAAUUUUUGUACGGGUGUGCUGUGAAUGCCUUCAUAUUAAAUGAUGAUUGGCUUACUAAUUCAAUUUCAGCAGAUCAUAUUGUACCGCCUGAGCAAUACAUUAUUCUGCAUAAUGUGGCUGCUGCAGAGCAUAUUAGCAUUGGGAAGCCAUUUUGUUACCGGCGUGAUUAUGUCUUUGAUAGAGUAGGAAUCAUGCUACAUGGGAAGCAAAGUUUUUGCAGCAAAUUUGCAAAAAUAAUUAAGCAUGGAGGUGGGCAGGUCUUUAAAACCAUCCAGCGGUUAAUGCUCGAUCUGGGAAAAGAGAAGAUUUCUUGGGGAGCUAUUGUUUCUGAGGAUAAAAACACAUCACGGCACUUGAGGCACUGUGCUGCUGAACAAAGGAUACCUAUAAUGCCAGCUAGCUGGAUCGUAAAAAGCUUGCAUUUAGGGAAGCGUCUUCCAUUUGCAGAGACAUGUCAUUCCUCAUCUUCAGUGCUUACAAUUUCUGGGCCCACUUCCCAUAGGAUGAGUGAAGAUGUAUAAAGAUGAACUGCUUCUGCAAGACACCUCUUACCGAUGUGUUAUAUUGCAACUGCUAUGUAUCUUCUUCCAUCCAUUCCACCACUAGCAAAGGUACUCGAUAAAUGCUUCCUCUAUCAUCAUGGUGGUUUCUCUUUCACUUGGACCCAUGAGAUGCUUUUGCGCCAAGCACCUAGCAAAGCACAAUUGCAUGCAUCACAUCUACUGCCAUUGUCACUGUUCCAAUUAAAAUGUGAUGACCUAGUAUGUCCAGUGGUGCAUGAUGUGUUAUAUACUCAGUGAAAUGUAAAGAUUCCAGCCGGCAGCUCUUUACGGUUUCUGUGAUGCUUAUCGGGAUACAGGAUACCUUUCUCUGAUUCAAUGCUUUGGUCUUUGAAACCAGUUGAUCUGUUCAUAAAGUGGAACAAGAAGAAAUACUAGUUUAUUUAAUGUUGUAAUUGUAAAAGAAACAUGCGCGCGCGCACACAUAUAUACAUAUUUGAAUGUAUAUU